GCAGUCACGUGGAUCGUGCAAUGGCGGCCUCCUGGGCUGCCGGUGGUGGCGUGAGUGUGACCCUGGGUUUGGGGUGGCGUCGCCUCCAGUUGCUUCUGGGAACUGCCGGCCGAUUUCAGUUUCGGGGCUUUCAUACUACAGUGGCUUUUCAAACUGAAGAUAAGAGCUGCAAAGCAGAAGUAGUCAAUGUAGUGUUCAUAGAUCGUUGUGGGCAAAAAAUCCCAGUGCAAGGCCAAGUUGGGGAUGAUGUGCUGCAUUUGGCUCAGAAAAAUGGCAUUGAACUAGAAGGUGCUUGUGAAGCCUCCUUAGCUUGCUCCACCUGUCAUGUUUAUGUAAGCGAUGAUUUUGUGGAUAAGCUUCCCAAACCUGAUGAACGGGAGGAGGAUAUGUUGGAUAUGGCUCCGCUGCUUCAGGAGAACUCUCGACUGGGCUGCCAAAUUAUCCUUAGUAAAGACCUGGAAGGAGCAGAGUUCACCCUUCCCAAAAUCACUAGGAACUUUUAUGUGGAUGGGCAUGUCCCCAAACCACAUUGAGAACUACAGACUCCAAGACUUGAUCUGUCUCCAUUGUUAAGAUGAUAAAGGCUACAGAGAGCACAGCAGGGUUGUGGCCAAAGCUGGAAACAUUUAAAGAAAAGAAAAAAGGAGGAAAUGGCUCGAAGAAUAAGAAGAUGGGGCUAUGGAAGGAACUGAGUGAAAUGAGUGAGACUCAAGCAUUUGGCGACUAUCUCAUUAGUUUGAGAUAGUCAAACUUCUUCAAAGCGGAUUAAGUUUAGCCUCAUCCAAGAGAGAAGGGUAGUUCCAUACCGUUCUUUCCUCAUAUCCUGGAGAGGCAAAAUGUUCUCACACAGCAGCCACUGUGUUUAGCAGAAGAAUACAAAGUUUCAUGUAUUGUUAAUUGCAUGAAGAAGGAAAAAAUGUAAUUCCCAUAAGCACAUUCUCUAUAUACUUUACAGCAUAUUUGUUUUCUCUUAUUCUGCCAGCAUUGUUUUAAUCUAUACUGGCCCUUCUCUGCAUUUAACCAUCAAACAGGAUAUUGGAUAUUUGGUUAUCUGUAUGAAAAAAAGAAACAAAACAGAACAAAA